AUGGAGAAACUUGUCCGUGCCAGUAUGAACUACACCAUCUUUGGCUUGGCCUCUGGUGUUUACUGGCGCGAGCUCACGAAGCACCUCAAGUACGUGAGCGACGGUACCUCGCAGCUCCGUGUCAUGCACACCCAUUGCUUCGCCCUCGGCAGCUUCUUUUUCUUGUUUGUCCUGCUGCUGGAGAAGUGCUUUGCCCUCACCAAGCAGAAGAACUACAAGAAGUUCUACAUAACGUACAAUAUCGGUCUCGGCAUCACGCUCAUGAUUAUGAUGAUCCACGGCACCCUGACCGUCAUGGGAAAGGAUCAGAACAGCCGUCUCAUCUCGUGGACCGCCGGUCUGGGCCACAUCUUCAUGAGCAUCGGCUUCGGCUACUUCUAUAACGUCCUGUUGAGUGCUGUGCGUGCGUCAGGUGACAAGGCGGGCAAGAAGACGGUGACGGCAGCCCCGUGA